AUGGGAGAGGAGGCACUGACCAUGUACCUGGCCAAAAACAAGCUGGACAGGAAGCUUAUCAAUGCUACUCAGAACGUGGAAGCCCUUCAUCAGCUGGCCUCGUCCUACUUCAUCGACCGUGACGGGACGAUGAGGAAGCUGCAUGAGAUCCAAAUUUCCACCAAUGCCAUCAAGCAGAGCCUCCAUGUGACACUGAUGGAGGCUGUCAGUCCCACGCCGCUCGCUCCGCCAGUCCCCGCCGCCACACCGGCCCCUGCUGGCCUUUGGCACCUCAUUUCCAUGGCAUGCCAGCUGAAGGCAAAUAUGCCAACCUACUCUGCUUUUGAGCACCUAUCCUGCGCCUUCACCUUCUUUUUGCACGGGGAGAGCAACGUGUGCACCAGUGUGGAGAUCAACCAGCACCAGCCCGUCUACCACCUGACGGAGGAGCACCUCACCCUGGCUCAGCAGGCAUCCAGCCCCUUCCAAGUUAUCCUGAGUCCUUUCGGCCUGAACGGGACCCUGACGGGCCAGUCGUUCAAGAUGUCAGACCCGCCCACCCAGAAGCUGAUCGAGGAGUGGAACCAGUUCUAUCCCAUCAGCCCCAGCGCCAAGGGGGGGUCGUCGUCGGAUAAGGCGGAGGACAUGGACUGGGAGGAUGACUCUCUGGCCUCCGUAGAGGUCCUCGUAGGUGGUGUGCGAAUGGUUUACCCAGCAUGCUUAGUGCUGGUUCCCCAGUCAGACAUCCCUGUUGUGGCCCCUGUGGGGUCCUCCCACUGCACUGCCGUCUACCCGGGUGGCCACCAGGUGCCUGCUUCCCAGCGAGAGCCCGCCAUGUCUUUGGUGACCCUCACCCCUCCCACAUCGCCUGAGGAGGCUCAGACAGUGGACUCUCACUCAGCCCAGAAGUGGGUUAAGAUGCCUUCAGCAUCUGAUGCGUUCAGCGUGGACAAAACAAGUCACCACGGAGGAAAGAUUCCACGCCGGUUAUCCACCCAGGUGGUGGAGCGCGUCUGGCAAGAGUGCAAUAUCAACCGAGCCCAGAACAAGCGGAAGUUCUCAGCCGCAACCAACGGUACCUGUGACGAAGAGCUGAGUGAGAAAGCGGCAGCCUGGGAUUUUGUGGAGCAUUCACAAAGGUCCUACUGCAGCUGUUCCAGAUACAAAUCAAUGAAGCAGCGAACAGGCAGUACCCCAGGCCAAACACCUACAUCGGGCCAGCCCUCCCAGACUCCCACCAAGCACAAAGCUGGGGGGGAGAAACCAGAGAAAGGUGACAAGCAGCAGAAAAGACCCCAGACGCCCUUCCAUCAUCGCAGCAUGACCAGCGACGACGCUUCCAUGGAGGCUGAGGCCACCGCCGGUCAGAGGAUAGCCAUGAGAGGCCAGGACGGAGGGAGAUUCAAUAGUAUGCGCUCUACGGAUGUGUCUGGCAUCCAAAAAAACACCCAGCUCCAUUGUGGGGGGGUCAACGUAGGGCAGUCAGAACAGUCCAACUCCCCGCAACCCCCGCCUCUUAGCCCCCACCCCUGCGAGCAUGGCGAGGAAUCAGGGGAGGGCAUGAAGAACCCUUCAACCCCCAACAGCCAACACUUUUACCAGCCUCCGUCGGAACCCUGCCUCGGCGGGGGGAAGGGCGGCGGUGAGGAUCCCGGAGGGCCCGAGGGUCUAAAUCAGCACUUCCACUCCCAUCACCCCCACCACGGAGCCUCGAACUACUCCGACCCCCCUGAGCCCACCAUGUAUUUGGGCGCAGGGGUCGACCCGGAGGAGGACAGCUCCCUCGCACCAUGGAGGCUAUUCAACCUCCCCCGCACGAAAGAAGCCGAGCUGCCCACGCCACUACUGCCCUGGGACAAACUGAGGGAGGAGGCCGCGGCACAGGAAAACCUGGUGUCAGUCACAGAGGUGAUGUCUACGACCAAAUGGCCGCUGAAGGUGUCUGAAGAACGCCUUCAGAUGUACCGAGCAAGGAGGAACCAGUACCUAUCGGCUGCCAUCACAGACGGAGACCACGAGCCAGAUGUUGACCCCUACGCCUUCGAGGAAGAAGAUGUCAAGUUCACGUUCUCUCACAAGAAGGAUAAGGCAGGCGGGGAGCCAGGAAAGAAACAUAAGGGCAUCAGAUAG